AUGGGAGAUCAAGGAAACAAAACGGAGGACACUAUAGUGUGCUAUGCACCAACCAUGAUAACAACAAAUGGGAUAUGGCAAGGAGAUAACCCUUUGGAUUAUUCUCUUCCACUUUUUAUCUUGCAAUUAACUUUAGUUGUGGCUGCCACCCGCAUAUUCGUCUUCAUUCUCAAACCCUUUCGGCAGCCACGCGUAAUUGCUGAAGUCUUGGGUGGAGUAAUAUUGGGUCCUUCGGUGCUUGGGAAAAGCGAAGCAUUUGCUAAUGCAGUGUUUCCUCUAAGGAGUGUGAUGGUGAUUGAAACAAUGGCAAAUGUUGGUCUCCUUUAUUUUCUCUUCUUGGUGGGAUUGGAGAUGGACAUAACAAUUUUACGCAGUGUAGGUAGAAAAGCAGUGGCGGCUGCAAUUGCUGGCAUGGUCUUGCCUUUCAGCGUUGGAGCUGUUUUUUCCUUGCUUCUGAACAGAGAAUAUGAUAGUAACAUGACCCAAGGCACUUACAUUUUAUUCCUUGGUGUUGCUCUCUCUGUCACUGCAUUUCCUGUUCUUGCUAGGAUCCUUGCAGAGCUCAAACUCAUCAACACAGAGUUGGGAAGGCUAGCUCUUUCAUCUGCACUCAUUAAUGAUGUGUGUGCUUGGAUUCUCUUAGCUUUAGCCAUUGCCUUGGCUGAUAAUGAAACAACAUCCUUGGCUUCCCUUUGGGUUGUAUUGUCUAGUGCUGUAUUUGUGGCCUUUUGUGUUUAUGCUGUUAGACCAGCAGCAUUAUGGAUAGUUAAGAAUACCCCUGAAGGAGAAUCCUUCAGCGAGUUAUAUAUAUGUCUCAUACUAGCUGGGGUCAUGAUCUCUGGUUUCAUCACAGAUGCUAUUGGAACUCAUUCUGUUUUUGGAGCUUUUGCUUUUGGUUUGGCUAUCCCAAAUGGACCACUCGGUAUUACUCUUGUAGACAAGCUUGACGACUUUGUUUCAGGACUUCUGCUCCCUCUCUUUUUCGCCAUUAGUGGGCUUAAAACUAAUAUAGGACUCAUCAAAGGUUCCUUCACCUGGGCAAUUCUUAUUCUUGUCAUUUUUCUUGCCUGCAUUGGCAAAAUUGUUGGAACUCUCAUGGUUGCGAUCUUUUACCAAAUGCCAGUGCGUGAAGGAGCUACCCUUGGCUUACUCAUGAACACAAAAGGCCUUGUUGAAAUGGUCGUGCUUAAUGUUGGAAAGGACCAGAACGUUUUUGAUGAAGAAUCAUUUGCAAUCAUGGUGGUUAUAACCGUGAUAAUGACUGGAAUUAUUGUACCUGCUGUAUCAGUCAUAUACAAGCCAUCAAGGGGAUGCAGAUAUUACAAAAGAAGAACCAUUCAAAUAUCAAAACCAGAUGCAGAGUUCAGAGUCUUAGUGUGUGUACAUAGCCCUCGAAAUGUCCCAACAAUAAUCAACCUCCUUGAAGCCUCUAAUCCAACAAAGAAGUCCCCAAUAUGCGUCUAUGUGGUCCAUUUGGUGGAGCUUAGUGGCCGUACAUCAGCCAUGCUCAUUGUUCACAACACUACAAAACAAGAACGCCCUGCCCUUAAUAGGACAGAAGCUCAAAGUGACCACAUAAUCAGUGCCUUUCAAAACUAUGAGAAACACGCUUCUUGUGUCACUGUGCAACCCUUGACAGCAAUCUCCCCUUAUUCCACAAUGCAUGAAGAUAUAUGCAACUUGGCUGAGGACAAACGUGUUUCUCUUUUAAUUGUUCCUUUUCAUAAACAACAAACUGUUGAUGGUGGCAUGGAAGCUACAAACAUGGCAUUUCGAGCUAUCAACCAGAAUGUACUAGCAAAUGCACCUUGCUCAGUAGGAAUUCUAGUUGAUAGAGGCUUAAGUGGCUCUAACCGUUUGGCUGCAAACCAAGUAUCUCAUCAUGUAGCUAUACUUUUUUUUGGAGGACCAGAUGAUAGAGAGGCAUUGUGUUAUGGAUGGAGAAUGUUGGAGCAUCCAGGGAUAAGCCUUACCAUAAUGCGUUUUGUUCCAGGGGAACAAGUAUCUGAGCCAGUGAUUCAAGUUAGUAUAAAUGAUCCAGGGGUGCUGAAAGUGGAAACAGAUAAGGAUAUAGAGAAACAGCUUGAUGAAAAGCUUAUACAUGAGUUUAAGAUGAGAAACGGGAAUGAUGAUUCAGUUGAUUUCAUUGAGAAGGUGGUUAACAAUGGGGAGGAGACAGUGGCAGCAAUAAGGACAAUGGAUGACAUUCAUGACCUAUUCAUUGUUGGGAGAGGUCAAGGAAUGAUAUCACCACUCACAGCAGGACUCACUGAUUGGAGUGAGUGUCCUGAGAUAGGAGCAAUUGGGGAUUUGUUAGCAUCUUCUGAUUUUGCAGCAACUGCUUCAGUGUUGGUAGUGCAACAAUAUGUUGGGGCAGGGUCACUAGGAGAUGGAUUGGAAUCACCAGAUGGUGAAGAAUAUGUCAGUGAGAUUAGUCAGAUUAGCAAUCAUUCUGCACCACCAAAGGGACAUGCAGUGUUCAAUGCAGAAAUGUUGUGA